AUGGAUAACAUACAAGUGUCGUUUAUUUUGUCACUUCUACUCUCAACAACAUUGGUACACAGUGAAACUCGAGGUGAAGUGAAGACAGAAGAUGAACUUAAAGCUUCAGCUACCGGUUACGGUGGUGGUGGAGGAGGCUAUGGAGGGGGUGGUGGAGGAGGGGCUACCAUACAGGCUAUACCAGUUGCAGUAGGUGGAGGAUUUGGUGGCGGAAAAGGUGGGAGUGGUUAUGGCGGUGGCGGAGGAGGUUAUGGAGGUGGUGGAGGCGGAGGGUCAGCUGUUUUAGGACUUCUUGCUGUGCCAUUACAACUACAAGGUGGAGGUGGAUUUGGUGGUGGAGGAUUUGGUGGUGGAAGAGGUGGUGGCAGAGGAGGAGGCAAAGGAGGCGGUUAUGGAUGGUGUGAAACUCAGGGUGAAGUGAAAACAGAAGAUGAACUUAAAGCUUCAGCUACCGGUUACGGUGGUGGAGGAGGAGGCUAUGGAGGGGGUGGUGGAGGAGGUGUUACUAUACAGGUAACUUUUAUUCUGUCUCUGCUACUAUUAACAACGUGGGUACAUAGUGAAACUCAAGAUGAAGUGAAGAUAGAAGAUGACUUGAAAGCUUCAGCUACUGGUUACGGUGGAGGAGGAGGUUAUGGAGGUGGAGGAAUAGGGGGUGGUGGAUUUGGUGGUGGUGGAGGUGUUACUAUACAGGCUAUACCAGUUGCAGUAGGUGGUGGUGGUGGAAGAGGCUAUGGAGGUGGCGGAGGAGGUUAUGGUGGUGGAGGCGGAGGAGGAGUUUUCCAGAUUCUUGCUGUGCCCUUAUCACUACAAGUUGGAGGUGGAUUUGGUAGUGGAGGAUUCGGUGGAGGCGGACUUGGUGGAGGGAGGGAGAUUUUGGAGGGGGAAAGGGUAGUGGAGGAGGAGGUGGUUAUGGAUGGUGGGACUAAAGUGUCGUUUCUUUUGUCACUUAUUCUCUCAACAACAUUGGUACACGGUGAAACUCAGGAUGAAGUGAAGACAGAAGAUGAACUUAAAGGUUCAGCUACCGGUUACGGUGGCGGAGGAGGAGGAGGAGGCUAUGGAGGCGGAGGAACAGGGGGUGGUGGAUUUGGUGGCGGUGUUAGUAUACAGCCUAUACCAAUAGCAGUAGGAGGAGUUGGAGGUGGUGGUGGAAACGUUGGAGGCGGUGGCAUUGGAGGUGGUUUUGGAGGACAGAGCUAUGGAGGGAUUAAAUAUGGAAGAGGUGGUGGUGGUGGCCGAGUUGUUUUAGCAGUACUUGCUGUGCCAAUUGCACUGGGAGCAGGAGGUGGGGGACUUGGAGGUGGAGGACUUGGUGUUGGCGGACUUGGUGGAGGAGGAGUUGGUGGGGGUGGACUUAGUGUUGGAGGACUUGGUAGGGGUGGACUUGGAGGUGGAGUUAUAGGAGGUGGUGGACUUGGUGGUGGAGUUAUAGGAGGUGGUGGACUUGGUGGUGGAAGAGCUGGAAGAGAGUUCCAAACACGUCAAACUAUCUACAUCCACAAAAGAGGAUCAGCAGCUAAACCCAGUAUGAAGAAAAGGGUGGUAUUUAUUUUGUCCCUCCUAACUUUGAAAGCAGUAGCACACGCAGAAACCGAAGAUAACGUGAAAACAGAAGAUGAUCUAAAAGCUUCAGAAACCGGUUAUGGCGGAGUUGGAGGUUUAGGUGGUGGCUUAGGCGGAGGCUAUGGUGGUGGCUUAGGCGGAGGCUAUGGUGGUGGCUUAGGCGGAGGCUACGGUGGUGGUUUGGGCGGAGGUGGUGGUUUGGGCGGAGGUGGUGGUUUUGGAGGAGGUGGUGGUUUUGGCGGAGGUGGAGGUGGUGGUCUCGGUGGAGGUGGUUUAGGAGGAGGUGGUGGUUUCGGAGGAGGAGGUGGUCUAGGAGGUGGAGGUGGUUUAGGAGGAGGUGGUGGUUUCGGAGGAGGUGGUGGUUUGGGAGGAGGUGGUGGUUUGGGAGGGGGCGGAGGUCUAGGAUUAAUUGGUAAUGGCAUUAUUGCUCUGCCGCUUUCAUUGAACUAUGGAGGAGGUGGUGGUGGUGGUUUUCCGAUGAGAAAUGGCGGUUACAGAAUAUGGACAUCCUUUGUAAUUUGCCGUGUGUCUUUGUUUGCAAUUGAUUCAGGGCUUUCGUGUUAUUUUGUACAGGUGGUAUUUAUUUUGUCCCUCCUAACUUUGAAAGCAGUAGUACACGCAGAGACCGAAGAUAACGUGAAAACAGAAGAUGAUCUAAAAGCUUCAGAAACCGGUUAUGGCGGAGUUGGAGGUUUAGGUGGUGGCUUAGGCGGAGGUUUAGGUGGUGGCUUAGGCGGAGGCUACGGUGGUGGUUUGGGCGGAGGUGGUGGUUUUGGAGGAGGUGGUGGUUUGGGCGGAGGAGGUGGUUUUGGAGGAGGUGGUGGUUUUGGCGGAGGUGGAGGUGGUGGUCUCGGUGGAUUCGUAGGCAUAUCGGUAAGCUAUUAG